CGAUCCUCCGGCAUCGACUUCGCAUCGUACGCCGACAUCCCGGUCGAGGUCGAGCUGCCGCGCAGCAUGCCGCAGCUCACGGCAGAGACGGCGCCGGUCGAGCGCUUCGACGAGCUCGAGUGCGGCCGCGUCCUGCAGCGCAACUUGCGCCUCGCCGGCUUUGAGGUGCCGACGCCGGUGCAGGCGCACUCUGUGCCGGUGGCUCUCGCGGGCGGGGACGUCAUUUCGGUGGCGCAGACCGGCUCCGGCGAGACGACUCCGCCUCCAUGCGCUCCCCCCCCCCCCCCUCUUCACACCUCUCCGCUUCGGAAGGGGACGCGCGGGUACGGCGGCGCGUACCGCCGCGGCAGGGGGGAGCCGGUCGCUAUCCGCGCCCUGGUCUUGGCGCCGACCCGCGAGCUCGCCCAGCAGAUUCACGCCGAGGCGGAGAAGUUUGCCUUCCGCACCGGCCUGCGCGUCUGCGUGGCGUACGGCGGGACGCCCUUCGGUGCGCAGAUGCGCGAGCUCGAGCGCGGCUGCGACAUCCUCGUCGCGACGCCCGGCCGGAUCAACGACAUGGUGCAGCGGGGCCGCGUCUCGCUGCGCGCCGUGCAGUUUCUGGCCGACCGGAUGCUCGACAUGGGGUUCGAGCCGCAGAUCCGCUCAAUCGUCGAGGAGGCCGAUAUGCCGGCUGGGCGGCGGCAGACGGUUAUGUUCUCCGCAACCUUCCCGAAGGCCGUGCGCGGCAUCGCAAACUCCUUCCUUGUCGACCCGCUGAUGCUCAAGGUCGGCCGCGUGGGCGGCGCGGCGCUCUCCGUCACCCAAAAGGUCGUCUUCGUUGCGGGCCGCGACAAGACGGACGAGACGGUCGAGCUGCUGCAGGCGGUGCCCGGCAAGACCAUCGUCUUCGUCAAUACGAAGCGCGCCGCCGACACACUUGAGGCCGAGCUGAGCGCGUGCGGCCACCCCGCGGCGUCGGUGCACGGCGACAAGGACCGCUCCGCCCUCUUCUCACAACCUCCCUCUCUCGCCCGCGCGAGAGAGCGCGCCCUCGGAGACUUCAAGUCGGGGCGGAUCAACGUCCUCGUCGGCACGGACGUGCUCGGCCGCGGCAUCGACGUGCCCGAGGUGACGCACGUCAUCAACUACGACGCGCCCGACGACAUUGAGGACUACACGCACCGCAUCGGCCGCACGGGCCGCGCGGGCAACACCGGCCUCGCCACCACCAUGCUCAACGCGGCCAACCGCAACAUCGCGCGCGACUUGCUCCACACGCUCACCACCUCCAAGCAGGAGGCGAGGGCGCCAGAGUGGCUCGCCGACAUGGCGCCACUCAGGAAGGGAGGCGGCCGCGGGCGCCGCGGCGGCGGCGGCGGGCGAGGGCGUGGCAGGCGCCCCAGCCGGUACGGAGGCGGCGGCGGCGGCGGCGGAGCCUACCGCGGCGGCGGGGGCGGGGGCAGUCGCCGCUGGUGA